AUGACGGCCACAGCCUCCAGCGGCAGCGCCCACAGGCUCUCCAGCACCAAGGAGGAGAGGAAGUUAAGAAAACCCCUCAUUGAGCGGAAGCGAAGGGAAAGGAUUAAUAACUGCUUAGACCAGCUGAAGGAGACAGUUGUGGGUGCAUUUCACCUGGAUUCUAAACUGGAGAAAGCAGACAUCCUUGAAAUGACAGUGAAGCACCUCCAGAAUAUCCAGAGCAGCAAGCUGAUGGCUGACUCCAAAGUGGGUCUGGAAGCCCAGCAGAGGUACAGCACUGGGUACAUUCAGUGCAUGCACGAGGUGCACAACCUCCUUCUCACCUGCGAGUGGAUGGACAAGACCCUUGGGGCACGCCUGCUAAACCACCUGCUGAAAUCCUUGCCCAGGUCUGGUGAAGACACCUGCAAAGCAGCAUUAAGGUCUUCAAGCCCAUCUCAGCAGCCUCUCUUGAUGCCAAAAAGUCCCCUGAGCCCUAAGGGGAGCACUAGGGGCACAAACCGAGCACAGGAACGCUUCUACCCUGCGGAGAACAAGCAGGUGUCCAAAAAUUCCUUCCAGCUGCCGUCGCUGUCGGUUUUCAACCAGGUUGAUGCUGCACCUCCCAGACAGGUCCUGCAGCCAAAUUUUUCUCAUAACAACCCGAGAAUGGGGUCAUUAGAUAUGUGGAGACCAUGGUAA